AUGAAUUGGCUUUUGAUGGUGAUGAUUUUACUUGGACUAAAAUAUAAGAUUAAUCCCACUGCAUUGAAGGAAAGACUUGAUUGGUGCUUUAUAAAUAAUGUUUGGAAUAAUAGUUUUAACUUACCAACUCUCACCCGCCUUGACUAUUAUGGAUUUGAUUAUCGUGCUCUUGAGGUUGCUGUUAAUUUUUCCCCUAUUGUUGACCCAGAUUCCAGGAAAAAAUCUCGCUUUUGCUUUGAAAAAUUAUGGGUGAAAGAGGUUGAAUGUGCUGAAAUUAUUUCUAAAUGUUGGCAGCAAAGUAAUAAUGGAAAUCCUUUUGAGGAUUUGGCUCACAGUUUGGACCGUUGUGCUCAAACUAUUUUGGAUGAUCUUUUGGCUACUACAGAGCAAUAUUGGCAGCAGAGGUCUUGUCUUGAUUGGAUGCAAUUAGGAGAUCGUAAUACAAAUUUUUUUCAUGCUAAGGCUUCAGCUAGAAAUUCCAAUAACAAGAUCAAAUUUUUGAAAGAUUCCAAUGGUAAUAAAGUUACUUCUCGAGAGGGGAUUUCAAACAUCAUAUCUUCUUAUUUUGAAACAUUGUUCACUGCUACUGAGGAAGAUGCUCAUAAUGAUUUUUUACUUAAGGAAUUUACAACGGCUGAGGUUGUUUUUGCUUUAAACACCAUGGGUUCUGAUAAAAGUCCUGGUAUUGAUGUUCUUUGCUUGAAGGAAGUCCUCCUCCAUGUCAUUGAUGAGACUCACAGUACUUUUCUUCCAAAUAGACUGAUCACUGAUAAUGUUUUGGUGGCUUUUGAACUGGUUCAUUAUCUGAAGCACCGCAAGAAAGGUUCCAGAGGCUAUGCUGCGCUCAAACUUGAUAUGAGCAAAGCUUUUGACUGGGUGGAAUGGUCUUUUUUAGCUGCUGUUAUGGGAAAAAUGGGUUUUAAUAUUAGAUGGAUUUCACUCAUCAUGACUUGCCUCUCUAGACUUUUGCAAUAUGAGGAACAAUUUAGACGGCUUAAGGGAUUGGUUGUCUCCCGUAGAGCACCAUCCAUAACCCAUCUUUUAUUUAUUGAUGAUAGUUUGCUUUUCUGUCAAGCUAAUGAACGUUCUUGUGGGGCUAUUAAGCGUGGCUUAGAUAUUUACCAUCGCACUUCAGGUCAAGAGCUUAAUGCCGAUAAAUUUGUAAUGUACUUUUUGCUAAAUACUUCAACAGUAACCAAAUAUUCUUUCCAGCAGAUCCUUGGUAUCCCUAUUAGUGAAUGCCAUGAAAAAUAUUUGGGCUUACCUGCUUAUUCUGUGAAAGAUAAAAAGUAA